AACAAAAGUCGUUCCCAUAAAUUGAUUCAUUUUGCAGUUUUUCCUCUCUCUGCGCUCCAAUGGCUGAAGGUUUGAAGGACGACGCCAAACCCCAUCUAAUCUUCGCCUACGGCACACUCAAACAAGGCUUCCCCAACCACAAGCUAACGCAGGACCUCAUCAAUCACGACGACGCCGUUUUAUUAGGCCCCUACAUCACCCGCCAUUCUUACCCGCUCGUCUGUGGACCCUACGGAAUCCCCUACCUGAUCAACCUCCCCGGGUCGGGUCACCGGAUCAAGGGCGAGCUCUACUCCGUCUCGACCCGAGGACUCGCCCGAUUCGACGAGUUGGAGGGCACGAGCAUCGAGCACUACGAGCGCCUCCCUGUUGACGUGCUCCAGGCCGACGGCGACGAGGUCGUUUUGGUGGAGGCUCAGGCGUAUUACGCGCACAGAAGCUUUGGGCCUGCGAUGUGGGAGAGAAAUGGGAAGGCGGGUUUGAGUGAGUACACGGAGAAGGAGGCCAAAGGGUACGUGAAAAUACAAGAUAGUCCUUGCCAGGGUCGCGACAUUCUUGAGGACAUCCGGCAUUUUGUGUCCGGAAUGUGAGGAAAAAGGCAGUUUCGGAAAGAUGAAUGCGGGUUGCUUUGUCAAGGCUUUUGGAUGGAUGGAUGCAGAUGUCUUGGAAGGAUAUUUGUUAUAAUUUUGUGAUGGGUUGUAAUCAUUAUAAUUUGGAUUUCUUGCUUUAUUUGUGUGUAUUUUUUUGUGAUGGUUUGUAAGUCGUUCUACUUCCUUGGUUGGUUGAUGAUUGUGUGAAUUUGUGAUUGAUUUAAUUGUUUAGAAACUUAGCUUUGAAUAAUGAAUAUUUUUAUGGAUUA